UCUGUCGUUUCGUCCUCUCUCGGAUCAGAUAUUUCAAGCUUUCAACCUUCUACUCUCUGUCUUCUCCUCCAUCCCUUACUCCGACGACGACCCGACGACGACGACUUUUCUCUCCGGCACCAGAACACGAACACAGAAAUGGAAGAAAUAGCAAGUGGAUUUGGGUGUUGCAACUGAAGCAGCUUAAACAUCUGAAUUGUUUGAAAUUUUCGGGAAGGCGGCGGCUUUAGCAUGGAAAUAGUUGAACAUUCUACACAGGAAGAACCCAAGUCUAAGAAAUCGAAGAUAUUCCAGGAAGAAGUGAAACAAGGGCCGUCCUCAUUAAUGAAAGGAACUGUGGUUGAUGUUAACCGAGGAAAUGGAGAAGUUCCCCUUGCACAGGAUGAGAGGAGGAGUGAUAAUGAAGCUUGUUCGUUAGCUGGAGAAGGAGGUGAAGAUGUUUCUGUACAGCCUGACGAUGCAAAAGUAAAAGAAGUCAAUGACUCACAUUCACUGGCCAAAGUUUCUUCCGCUUCCUUAGCAGGGAAGAAGCUCCUUGUUCUUGAUCUGAAUGGAUUGCUAGCAGAUAUUGUAUCUUCUCCUUCCAAAGAUUAUGCGUCAGACAUAACAAUAGGAAGAAAAGCAAUUUUUAAGAGACCCUUUUGUGAUGAUUUUCUGAAGUUUUGCUUUGAGAAGUUCCAAGUUGGUAUCUGGUCCUCAAGAACUCAGAGAAACGUAGAGAGAAUCACUGAUUAUUUGCUUGGAGAUAUGAAGAGUAGAUUGUUGUUUUGUUGGGAUAUGUCUCAAUGUGCGAAAUCAAGAGUUGGUUCCCUUGAAAACAGGUUCAAAUAUGUGGUGUUUAAGGAGUUAAAACGACUUUGGGAGAAACAGGACCCUGAUCUUCCCUGGAAGCAGGGUGCUUAUAACGAAACCAACACUAUCUUGAUAGACGAUUCUCCUUAUAAAGCCUUGCUUAACCCCCUGCAUACAGCAAUAUUCCCGCAUUCAUUCGACUAUCACAACAAAACCGACACCUCCUUAGGUGAAGGUGGAGAUCUGAGGCUAUAUCUGGAAAGGUUGGCGGAAGCCGAUAACGUUCAAGAAUUCAUCAAGGAACAUCCUUUCGGGCAAGAACCGAUAACCGAAACAAGUGGAUCUUGGGAGUUCUACCGCCAGAUUAUUGGUACGCUCCAUUGGUGAUUUCUCUAAACCUCGUGGUUUGGGUGUUGGCUGAUUUCUUAGAAGUUCUACGAGCUUUUUAGAGACUAAGCUGACACUUCCUUCUUGGUUGGAAGAACAAGGGGAGGUAGGGAUAGGUUAAGGAAAGGAAGGUGGAGAAACGGCGUGGUUUUCUUGUGUCCUUGUUAUAGAUGGCCUGAUGUUUCAUUGUGGAAGUUGAAAACAAUCUGUUGUUUCUUGUGGUAAUUGUAGCUUCUUCUCUACGCUCUUUUUUUCCCCUUAUAAUUAUGAAUUACUUGCAGACGAACA